CUUUUGGCGAGGCGAAUGAACGUUUUUCCGGCUUUCCCGCCUUCGCUCCUGCUGCCCACCACCCCGCUAUGGACCAUCGUCUCAUUGCCCCUUUGCUGCCUCGCCCUCCUCUUCUAUCACACAUGGGGAGUUUUGCGCCGCUCGAGGCAUGCAGAGGACGACGAGUGGGGCUUUGACGUCUACCCUGACACUUCCGAUGCAUGCCAGCCGCCGCAGCAGCGGAAGAGCAGGCGCGUUGUGGUUGUGGGUGGCGGCAUCACGGGGCUGAGUGCGGCGUGGGAUCUGGCGGAGAAGGGCGUCCAUGAGGUGGUGGUGGUGGAGAGGGAGGGGCAUCUGGGCGGCCACGCCAAGACGCUGCAUGUGGAGGGGUACCCGCCCAUCGACAUGGGCUUCCAGAUCUGCAACCCACGGCACUACCCACGCCUCUACCGAUGGAUGCAGAAACUCUCUCUCGGUCAGUCAGUCAGUCAGUCAGCUAAGCCAGCAGGGAGCAGACACGCCAUGCCAUCUCUGCCAUGUGUGUGUGUGUGUGUGUGUGUGUGUUGUGAUGGUCAUCGACGAAUGCAGGUGCGUUCAGCCCCAGCAUUUGGCCGGAUGAGCACCCGAGGCAGCAUGGUGACAUAGCGCUGCGGCCCACCAACAAUUCGUUCACAUGUGCGUCGUGUGACGAGCCGACGGGUUGGUCGUCUGACAAUCCGCCGGUGUGGCGGCUGCGGUUCUGGCGCAUGUUCUGGGACAUACUCAAAUACAACAGACGGUGGGGCGAUCCAUGGGAGAUGGACGGACGGGGGCCCCCUGUGUGUCUGUGUGUGUCGUGCAGGGCUGACAAGCUGCUGCGUGAUGCUGAGGCGGAGGACUGUUCGGUCAGCGAGUGGCUCAAGGCACAAGAUUUUGGAGAGGCCUUUAUCAAGGUGCACACCCACACACACACGGCAAAUCACCCACAGCCAUGCCAUAGGUGUUAUCGCGUGCUGUCGUUCACCCACCGUUGUAGGAUUACUGGCUGCCGAUGGCUGCCGCCCUGUGGUCGUGCACAGAGGGCGACGUGGGCAAGAUCAGCGUGAGGCGGCUGCUGCGGUUCUUCAAGCAGCACGACCACAACAAGGUCUUCUGCAGGCAGACGUGGUACACCAUCAAGGGCGGAUCGUCCAACUACAUACACGUGAGCGGUCGACCACAUAUAUGGGACACAAGCCAUCCAUCCAUCGCUCAUCUCAUUUAUGUGUCUGUCAGGCCUUCAAGCGGCGGUUUGCCGACAUAUGUCCGCGAGGGCAGCUGGUGACCAACGCUGACGUGGAGAGGGUUCAGAGGGCAGCUGACGGCACUUGGGAGGUAGGCAUGCAUAUGCACGCAUAGCGUGGAUCAAUGGAUUAAAGGCCGUCAAGUGGAAGCGUUGUGCGUUGUGUGUGCUGUGUGCUGCAUCCUAGGUCUACUAUUGCGAUAGUGGCGGGAGCGAAGAGAAGGUGCGAUGGAUGGACAGACACACGUGGACGAACGGAUGUGUGGGUGGUUGGGGCUGUAGGUGGCGUGUGAUGCAGUGGUGUUCGCCACGCACGCGCCGACGACACUGAAGCUGCUGGGAGAUGCCGCCACUGACGAGCAGCGACGAGUGCUGUCACAAUUCCGAUACUAUGAGUGCAAAGUGUACAUCCACACAGACCCGUAAGCACACACACACACACACACAGAGAGAGAAAGAAGAGAGAGAGAGUGCAAAGUGUACAUCCACACAGACCCGUAAGCACACACACACACACAGAGAGAGAGAGAAAGACAAGAAGGUCACACACACACGCCACACUGUGUCCCUUCCUGGCUAUCAUUCAUCAGGUCUUACAUGGCGUUGGAUCGGCGCAACUGGGGCAGCUGGAACGCCGUGCACAACAGCAGAGGGCAGCAGUGGUGCACCUACUGGCUCAACUCACUCCAGUUCCCCCACUUCGCCAAGGACGUCUUCGCCACGGUCGUCCCCUCACACAUGACCCCUGACGUCUUCCCGCCACCGCCCCGAGACACGUGGUUGUGCGAGCCGCAGAGCUGGGAGCACCCGUGCAUCGACGUCGAGUCAGAGAAAGGCAGACAGACGUGAGUGAGAAGGGGGCGGGCGACACGCGCUCCUCCAUUUCUCCAGGAGAGAGACUGCGAUGGUGUGUUGGUGUGCAGGCUGUUUUCCCUGGAUGUGCAGCGGCCCGAUCGAGGCAUCGUCUUUGCCGGUAUGUAUGCGUCUCUGAUAUCGAUGUGGUCAAUCAGACGCUCCUUCGUCCACCUGUCUGUCUGUCUGUCUGUGUGUGGGUGUUGUGUUUCUGCAGGUGCGUACGGCGGUUCUGGGUUCCACGAGGACGGCUUUCGUGAGGGCCGCAAGGUGGCGAGACUCCUCAUGCAGCAGUGGGCAAGGGAGAGCUGCACAGCCGAAGGUCACCGUCAUGAAGGUGCUCAGAUCUGCUGGCCGGCACCUGUGGCAAUGGAGGUAUGUCCACAUGGGGAAGGAAGAAUGGCCACAAAGUACGGCGCACUGAUGUGUGUGAUAUGUCUAUGUUAUCGAUCAGAGGUUCCCUGGUGGGUCGCCCGUUGUCCGCGAGGAGUUUCUGUGGGAGCGGCUCGCGAGAACCAUACUCACACAGGCACUGCAGAAACUAGGCAAGCGACGAUUCAUCCAUCCAUCCAUCCAUCCAUCUCAUCCUUUUCCUGGCCCUCUGUGUGCAGCUGACCACGUCGGCCGGCCCAUCCGUCUCCACUGCGCCUACCCCCCAUGGCGCACCUACCACAUGCAGCCUACGGCAAUGCCGAAGUCGUCAUCCCGCCACCCCACAGCCCCCACAGAGGCAGAGACGCCCCCCACCUCUCCCGGCACACCCAGAAAGGCACAUGGCCGCGAUGAGAAUGACAGUGCACAGCAGCAGCAGCAGCAGCAGGGGCGGCCAAUGGUACUGACAGUGCAGAGCCCGGCGGCCUUCUGGCGGAUGGUCAUCGGGUCAGACAUCGGCCUGGGAGUCGCACUGCAAAAGGCAGAAAUUGUGUAAGGGAGGGAGGGAGGGAGACAAGACACAGAGAGGCGGUAUAUGUAUGUAUGUAUGUAUGUGUGUGUGUGAUGGGUGGCAGGUAUGAUGCCGGUUUCCGCGACGUGUUGCGUGCGGUGGCUUUGUCGAGUGCGGAGAGCAUCGUGCAGGGUGCUGACCUGUCCGGGCUGCGGAUGCCGCUGGUGCGGCCGCUGUACUUCGUCGCACACAAGCUGUGGGAAUGGACCCGCGCAAAUACCAUCGACAUGGCCAAGCUCAAUAUCGCCGCUCACUACGACCUCGGUCGGCCAAUGGGCAUGGGAGAGAAGGGGUGUGGGUGGCAUUUGGUGUGUCGGGUGUGUGUGUGUGUGCAGGUGACGCUUUGUAUGAGCGGAUGUUGGAUGUGCACAUGCAGUACUCGUGUGCCGUGUGGCAGCCUGGUGAGGGAGUGGGUGCAGGUGGGUCGGUCGGCCAGCCACACUCACAAUUCGGCACACAUGUAUCUGUGUGUGUAUCAGGCGACACACUGGCCGGUGCGCAGCUUCGGAAGAUGGACAAGAUCGCGCAAAGCCUGGAGCUGAAAGAGGUGAGACAUCCCACACACACACAAGCAGUCGCCACAUGCCCACACAUGCGUGUGUUGUGUUGUGUUGUGUGGUGUGUGGAUAUGUGUCAGGGCGAGCGCGUGCUAGAGAUUGGCUGUGGGUGGGGCGGCCUCUCCAGAUAUCUCGCUCAGAAAUACAAAGUGAGGGACACAACCGAGCCCUCCAUUGCCUCAUAGCGGCACGUGCACUUCCCUGUCUGUGUGUGUGUCCGUAGAUGCGUGUGGAGGGCCUGACCAUUUCCAACGAUCAGCUGAGGGUGGCGCAAGCAAAGGCACACGACGUGCCUGGUGUGUCUUACCACCUGUGUGACUACCGGGACUUCUGCAACGACGAAAGGAAUCGGGAGAGAUUCGACGCUGUGGUCAGAAAGAGACACAGACACACAGAGAGAGAGAGAGAGAGAGACCUGUUGUGUGUGGACGCAUGUGUGCAGGUGAGCAUAGAGAUGAUCGAGGCUGUGGGCUAUGAGUACCUGGGCGAGUACUUCAACUGCAUCCAAAACGCCCUCAAACCCAAGGGCAGGUGCCUCGUUCAGGUGAGUCGGUGGGUGGGAUUUCCUGACGCACCACUCACGGACGAAUGUUGUGCCGUCUGUGUGUGUGUGUGGCUUCAGGGCAUAUUGAUGCCCGACUACCGGUUCGACAGCUACGUCAACACAUCCAACUUCAUCAACGUCUUCAUAUUCCCCGGUAGCCAUGCCAUGGAGGGGGGCAACAAGGGAGAGAGAGAGAGAGAGGGGCUUGGCCAUCUCCCCCUGUGUGUGUGCACGUGUGUGUGUAUACGUUCAGGGGGCAUCCUGCCAUCGCAGAUGGCCAUCCUCCAGGCGGUAUGCACCCAGGCCACCCACCCACACAUACAUCCAUCCAUCCAGGCAGUGUGGCGCUGCUGUGUGUCCAGGUCAAGAAGAAGGCUCCCACACUGGUGCUCGUCGGGUGAGCAAGCACCACGGGCCAGGCAGACAUUCGCACCCCCAGACAGACACGCCUGUGUGUGUGUGUGCAGUGCUGACGAGAUAGGUCAGAGCAGCUACGGCAACACACUCAGGGCGUGGCGGAACAACUUCGAGGCUAAGGUACACACACACACACACCAGCACACACCAGCGCACCGAUGGACGUCUUUCUUCCUUUGCUGUGCUGCUUUGUGCUGCUGCAGUGGCAUGAGAUAUGUCGCGAAGCCCCAGGUUUUGACGGCAGCUUCCGCCGCGUUUGGAACUUCUACCUGGACUAUUGUGCCGCCGGUAAGACUCACACACACACACACAGUUGUCCCCUGAUGACCCACCCAAUGUGCCGUGUGUGUGUCCGGUCGGUCCACCCGCAGGUUUUGACACAUCUUUGAUUCUCAACUGUCACCUCAUGUUUGAGAAGCGGCUCGGCCCGCAGCACGGCCAGGCCACCUGACUGUUUUACGUUGAUUGCAGUCAGUCGAUGCGCGUGCAGUGCAUGGACAUGACAUUGGAUGGAAUAGAUAGACGCUUUUGGAGCUCUAUAAAGGCUGUUUGAGUGAGUGAAUCCACGUCGCUCACGUAAAUCGUGUUAAU